CCAAAAAGAACCCCCAAUGCCUUCCCUGAAGCAGCGAAAGGUCGCCAUCGUCGGCAGUCGAUCCGUUGGCAAAUCGUCGCUCGCCGUGCAGUUCGUUGAUGGUCACUUCGUCGAUAGCUACUACCCCACGAUAGAAAACACCUUCAGCAAGACCAUCCAGUACAAGGGCCAGGACUAUGCUACGGAGAUCGUCGACACUGCUGGACAGGAUGAAUACAGCAUUCUCAACUCGAAGCACUUCAUCGGCAUCCACGGCUACAUGCUAGUCUAUUCAGUGUCGUCACUGCCAUCCUUUGAAAUGGUCCAGGUUGUCCGCGAGAAAAUCCUUAAUCAUCUAGGUACCGAGUCCGUUCCCAUCGUCAUAGUAGGUAACAAGAGCGAUCUCCGACCAGAGCAGCGCCAAGUCAGCCCCGAAGAAGGCAAGAAGCUAUCAGAAAAGUUCCAGUGCGGCUGGACCGAGGCUAGCGCAAGGUACAACCAGAACGUCGGCCGAGCGUUUGAGCUCUUGAUUGCCCAGAUUGAGAAAUCACAGAACCCUGGCGAGCCCCCAGCCAAGAGCAAUUGCCGUGUGAUGUAGCUCAAAGUCGAGCCCAAGUCGGUCGAGUCCAAGAUACCCUCAGGAGACAUUUUUUUUAGAGUUGAGAAUCCCUUGUUCACACAGGCUCUGGAGCAUACCUAUGCUAGCCAUGAUACUAUUUGGGGUAUAGGAUAAUGCUGCUACUAGACCAUCACCAUAAUUAUGUUGCUAUGUUAUUCAUCAAAUAGCACUGGAUAAGUACGGACGGGAACAAAGGUCAUAUACAACAACAAUAUUGUGACAAUAC